UUGAUAUGUCAUACAAACUCUCCAUUGCCUUCACAUAUCGUCAACAAUCCAAAAUAUUUUCCAUGGUUUGAGAAAUGUAUUGGUGCAAUUGAUGGCACACACAUAAGCGCACAUGUUCCUGCUGAAAAGCAAGUUAGCUAUAGAGGUAGAAAAGCUAUAGUGACUCAAAAUGUUUUAUGUGCAUGCAAUUUCAACAUGAUGUUUACUUUCGUUUAUGCUGGUUGGGAGGGCACUGCAAAUGAUUCAAGAGUUUUUCUUGAUGCAAUUACAAGAUCUGAGAAUAAAUUUCCAUUACCUAAAGAAGGUGAAUAUUAUGUUGUUGAUUCUGGAUUUCCAUGUACCAUGGGUUUUCUUCCUCCAUUUCGAGGUGAAAGAUAUCAUUUGCAAGAAUAUCAUGGUAGAGGUCGCCAACCAAGAGGACCAAAAGAAUUGUUUAAUUAUAGACAUUCUUCACUUAGAAAUGUUAUUGAACGUUGCUUUGGUGUGUUGAAAGCGCGGUUUCGAAUUUUGAAAAUGAUGCCACCUUACAAGCAAAGUAGACAACCUUUGAUAGUUAUAGCUUGUUGUACACUACAUAAUUUCAUUCGAAAGUCGGCACAAAAUGAUGUUAUGUUUACACAAUGGGAAGAAGAAGAACAAGAGAUUGAAGAUGAAGAAGCUAGUACAAGUGGAUCAAACAAUAGUAUAGAUUUGUCAGACGAAGCAGCAACAGCUAUGGCAGCUUAUCGCAAUCAGCUUUCACAAGUAAUGUGGCAUGACUAUGUUAUUCAUAUGUAAAAUUAGUAAUUUAAUGGAUAUUUAUAGUUGGAGAUUUUAUAUUAGACUUAUAAAAUUUAAUUUCCUAUUAGCAACAA